AUGAGCAAAUGCAGCGUAUGCGAUGUGGACGAUGUUCGGCCGUCCAACCCGAGGCUCUGCGAGGACUGCCAGGACUGGGAUGAUCUCCAGCACGUCUCAUCGUGCGGCGAAAAACAAGACAAGUUUGCACACCUCAAUCCGGUGCUCUUCUGCUACAAGCACAACCCUUGGUGGCCUCCGAUGCAGAAGAACAACUAUUCACACCCAAAGGACAUGAAAUUUCGCCAGCUCGAGGACUUCACGGAAAGCGGGGGAUGUAUGAUCUGCGAGGCUGUCCGAGACGCACUAAAGGCACAUAUAACGGCAGACACGAAAGCAAAGAUUGCAGUCUGGAAACCGUUCGUGUACGACCCUUGCGAAGACCACCGCACGGUAUCUGAGGAGGUGGCGGUCCAGCAGGGAAUGCUUCCCACCUCGCAAAAGUGCGUUCUAGCUGUGGUUAUCGCGACUUCACCUCAGGAAGAAAUAGACUGGUCUUUCAAGCCGCGAAUGAUUCAGCUCGAUCUUCGUUACGAGAAGUGGUGCCAAACAUUGUCGGCUGCAUCCAUCUGGGACAGGAGGAAGAUGAAUUACGUACAGGUCAAGCGAUGGCUUAGUCGAUGCACCAAUGAUCACGGACCCGACUGCAACGCUUUGCGGACACCGACGUCGAUCACCCUCCCACCAUCAUUCCGGCUUGUGGACACGACUGAAUGGUGUGUGGUGACCAUGCCCGAUCCAGACGACUACGUCGCUUUGAGCUACGUCUGGGCUCUGGCUUCCAACUCGGCGGACAAACAGAAGUUGCAACUCCAGCGGGAUAAUGCGCAAGAAAUGGAAAGGCCAGGGGGGCUGAAACGUGAGGCGCUUCCAGAAGUCAUUGUCGAUGCCAUACAGCUGUGCGCGGAACUCGGACAGCGGUACUUAUGGAUCGACAGGUUGUGCAUUGUACAAGACGACUUGGAUACCAAGGCCGAGCAACUCGACGCCAUGGGAGUCAUCUAUCACCGGGCUUUCCUCACAAUCGUGGCGCUAGGUGAUGGUGUCACACGGGGGCUGCCCGGCGUCUCCUCUCGGCCUAGGCAAAACAGCUACGAAAAUCAUUCCUGGGACCUCCUGGCGACGAUGCGCAACCCGAUGGGAGAGGCUCGCAUACCAUGGGUCGAGCUGGCGGUCCAGAAUUCAAAAUGGAACGAUCGAGCCUGGACAUUCCAGGAGAGGUUCCUCUCCAGAAGACGCUUGUUCUUUGAUGAAGGUCAAGUGUACGGCAACUGCUGCAAAGAGAGGUGGUCUGAUAACACGAAUGGAUACAGAGAGGAAGACUGGAUGAGGACUGCAUACUGGCAAGCUGAAGGGUUGAACGACACUUUCGUGGACGAGGAGAAAGACUCUCUUGCUGUUUGCAUUGGUCCGCUGCAACAGUACACCCCGCGCUCUCUCACCUUCCAAGAGGACAUCCUCAACGCGUUUGUUGGUGUUGGGAACAUUCUAAAGAGCCGUCUCGACACAGAUAUGCUCUGUGGACACCCCAAGAAGUUCUUCCUCGAAUCCUUGAUUUGGAUCCCUGGCGAUGAUGGAGGCAAGAGGCGCCAUCUACCCGACAUACCAAGCUGGAGCUGGGCGUCGUGGGAGGACGGCGUCGAAUGGACCGAGCAGCGGGCCAUCGGCAUCGACACAUACCUGGCCGGUAGCUCGUGCGCAAAAGCGGGUGUUGUGGAUUUCUUCAUAUCGGAUCCAAAGUCCGGACUCGAGAAGAUUGUGCACCGAGAUUUGCCCCUGAGUUACGUAAGAAAGCAAUGCCGAUGGUGGGCUCUUGCCGUCAUCAAGAACACAGACCCUAAGUGGUGGCCGCACUCGAUCGACGCGGAAGACAGAUCAAAAGAUGUCCCAGAGGAUGCAGUGGAUCUUGUCGCCGGGCAGUGUCGUGAUAUUGCCGUCCGCAAUCACUGCGAGCUGUCCAACAAGCACCUGCUGCCGCGGACCGAGUCCCUCACCGACCUCUCGGAGGGCGACCGUAUGCAGACUGCAUUCCGUGUCCUGGAAGAGCACGAGACUGUCUAUUGGUGGCCGCCUCUGAGCACCGAAUCUAAAGACGAGCAGGAACGCCUAGCCAAGCUUGACGAGAACGCUUGUUCCUUGGCCACCAGCAUACCGAAUGCUCUGGUUUUCAACACGUCAUUUGCACGUCUGCUCGUUAAACCUACCGGGAUCUCCCGGUUCUUCAUACCGCCUCGAAGAAGACGCACAGCAUACUCUAUCAACACACGAGACGGAGAGACCGUCGGAAUCACCAUGCGAAUGCACCUGGGGCUGGCGGAUGAUCUCUUCAACGCAGAGCCAGAGAAACAGCACGCCGUCUUCGUCCUCGGUGUUGGGACAGCCAAGAGACAGAUGCGUAAGACAGGAGAGGACAAAGUUUCGACUGCGAGACUUUGUGAGUGGUACGAAUGGGUCUUGUUGGUAAUGAUCGCGGAUGAAGACGAGAAAGGAGUAUUCCAGCGCAUGGCCAUCGGUGCCGUGUAUCCUGAUGUAUGGGUGAAGACGCAGCCAGAGUGGAGGACCGUUGUACUCGCAUAG